AUGGAUGCAGAAGGGUCAAAAAAGAUAAGAACUCACAGCCUAUACACCCCCUUGCCAAUACUGGAUUCUCAAGCCAUGCUUCCAUUGAGUAAGGGGGCCCCUUGCGUGAACGCCUUGCGCAGGAACGACCCGUCUGGCCCGGGGAUGCUACCUAGCGACAUCCCAGACAAAGGAAGGGCUAUGAGUAAGGGAUUUUCUGGAAUGAGGUGCGUUCCAUCAUCAAAUCUCCAUCUUCUUCUCACAAGCACCUCGACGCUCUAUCCUACCACCGUAUCCAACGUCUUGCACAACAUCACAAUGCAGCUCCUCAAAACUAUUCUCCUCGCCCUUCCAGUCGCUAUGGCGGGCACACUUCCCCGGGGUUGCGGCACCGCUAUCAACAAAGAGGGUGUCGGCAUGGGGAUGAUUGGCGACAAGCAAUGCCAGAACCUUUUGUUUGAUCUUGAUAGGGUCAUCAUUGGCGAUGGGUGCUAUUGCGUUACGUUUCAUGGCAAAGAUUGCAACGAAGGUGACAAGAACAACUGGCAGUCCUGGUUGCUUGGUUACACGACACUCGACAUGGGAAAGACGAAGAAAGGUUCGGACAGCUACCGAUGCUCAGAUGAUCCAACUUGGGGCGCUAUGUGGGACAAGAAGUGGGCUGAGGCGUUCCCAGAGGUUCCCAAGGUUGAUACGUAG